AUGUCCUCAGCGCCGUCCAAACCACCACCGGAGAUCGUGUGGCGACCCAGUCACAAUGGGACCGCGCCUAUGGACAGGUACCGGCAGCACGUAAACCGCAAGUAUGGGCUGGAACUCUCCAACACUCGUGAGCUGCAGCGAUGGUCCGUCACUCAGCCGCAUGAGUUUUGGAUCGACCUAUACGGGUAUCUGAACAUCGUGCCUCCUCUGCCAGGCUCGACUCGGAAGGCAUACGACGAUACCAUCCCCAUGAGCAAGAACCCGCCAUUUUUCCACGGACAUUUGCUCAAUUACGCAGAGAAUGCGCUCUUUGGGAACCCGGACUCUGACGUCGUGGCCCUUAUUGGAAUUCGGGACGAUCAGGACGUUUACGACGACAAGGCCGCAGAGACGUUGACCUGGGGCCAGUUCCGCGAAAAAGUGCGUCAGACGGCCAGCGCGUUGAGGCGUAGUGGUAUCAAGCAGGGCGACCGCGUCGGUGCAUUGGUCGCCAACUCGAACUGGGCUGUCGUUCUCUUCCACGCCGCCGCUUCGAUCGGUGCCAUCUUCACCUGCAUCAGUCCCGAAUUGGGCGUCGAGGGCUGCCUUUCGAGGCUCCAGCAAGUCACGCCCCAGGUCGUCUUUGUCGACAGCCACACUAUAUACAAGGGAAAAGCGGUGUCGACGGACGAGAAGCUCCGCGCCAUUCUGCAGAGACUGAACUAUCGGCUGCAGGUCUUUAUAGUGCCCAUUUUACCUCACAAGUACAUGGCGAGCGUGCCGAGCAUGGAAGACUUCUUGAGCCGGUCGAGCGCUUCCGACGAGCUCACGUUCACACGGGUACCCUUCAAUCAUCCCCUUAUGAUUUGUUACUCAUCCGGCACGACGGGCGCGCCUAAGUGCAUCGUCCACCAGCACGGCUGGCUCAUGCAGGUGAAGAAGAUAUCGACACUGCACAAUAGCCUGGGUCCCGGGAAGAUGGUCAUGGUCUACUCCAGCACCUCUUGGGUUGUCUUCUACGCCUUCUGUGGGCACCUCACGUCCGGCUCGACCUUGGUUGUCUACAAUGGCAGUCCGUUGUAUCCGGACGCGAAACAGCUGCUGCGGAUUUGCGAGAAGUUCCGUGUAAACUUCCUCGGCACUUCACCUCGUAACUUGCUGGAGAUCGAGAUGUUGCGCACCACCGUUCCGAGACGGGACUACGACUUAUCAGCUUUGGAAAUGGUCUACACUACUGGGGCGCCAUUGUCGCUAGAACAAUAUCGAUGGUUCUAUCGCUCGUUUCCCCCGCGGGCGCAGAUCUGCAACACCUCUGGAGGUACCGACACGGCGUCGUCCCUCCUUAUCGGCGAUCCCUGUGGGCCUAUAUAUGCCGGCGAGCUACAGAUCUACGCGCUCGGCAUGGACGUCGACAUCCUGGACCCGGCCAGCGGCGUUUCCAUAGCUGAGACCGGCGAGGCAGGCGAGAUGGUGAUCCGCAGACCCUUCCCGAGCAUGCCAUGCUGCUUCUGGGGCGACACAGACAACAAGAUAUACCAUGACGCCUACUUUUCUCGCUUCCCCGAUCUCGACGUCUGGGCACAACACGAUUGGCUCAGUCAGAACCCGGCCACUGGAGGUUACGUGAUGCACGGCAGGAGUGACGGUGUGUUGAACCCAUCGGGCGUCAGGUUCGGUAGCGGAGAGAUCUAUGCUAUCGUCGAGGCGCAACCUUUUACCGAGUACAUCAGCAACACGUUGUGCGUGGGUCGCCGCCGCGCCCAAGACACCGACGAGCACGUGUUUCUGUUCGUCAUGAUGAAGCCCGGCUUCUCCUUGACGAACGAAAUGCGGGCGAGGAUCAAAACCGCCAUUCGGAACGCACUGUCUCCGAGGCACGUACCUCGAUUUGUGCUCGAAGUUCCCGACAUUCCCAUUACCAUCAACGGGAAGAAGGUCGAGAUCGCGGUCAAGAAGGUGAUAAGCGGCGCCAGAGACGUCAAACCGAGCUCGACGGUGCAAAAUCCGGAGACGAUUUCCUGGUUCAGACGGUUCAAAGAUUUGGAGUCGGAACCGACAGACUCCAAGAUUUAG